GGAUACGGCGGAUCUGGCAACCCAGCCCAGACUCAAUCUGUGUCAAUUGGCGAGCGGCGCGGUGCGAAUAAAGAAAGGCCCGAGCUCUUUAACCCACCAGUGACGUGUUUUUAAUUUGCUGGCGCCGCUUCAGUUGGAUUAUUUAUCUUUUUCUAGGUUUACGCUCUGCUAGCGCUGUGCUUUGCCCGUGUUUUAACGUCGUCGAGUGACAGGUGUCGAAAGGUAGCGAGGAUGAAGCCUGCCUCGAUGCAGAGGUCCGACAAGGGAGGCUUUUGUCUUCGGUAUCUUCCUUUUUUGUCCCUUUAACAGCCAGGCGACAAGGGCAAGGACGGGGAUAAUUCGUAAUUAAUCCUCGUGCCAAUUGGUGAAGAGCUUCCGAAUUGUGGUGAUGUUAUUGAGUUUGUUUUGAAAGACGCAACGCCACGUUAAAAGAUGGUGUUUCGAAGCGAGGAGAUGUGUUUGGCCCAGUUGUUCCUGCAAUCCGGUUCCGAGUACGACUGCAUCAGUGAGCUGGGUGAACUGGGCCUGGUCGAGUUCCGAGAUCUCAAUCCAAGCGUCAGCUCCUUCCAACGGCGCUUCGUCAGCGAGAUCAAGAGAUGUGAAGAGAUGGAGAGGAUUCUGGGUUAUCUGCUGAGAGAGAUCCAAAAGGCUAAAAUCGCCAUUCCUGAGGAGGAUGAGAGCCCACUUGCCCCUCCACCUAGACAAGUGCUAGAGAUCAUGGAGCAACUUCAAAGGUUGGAGAUGGAGCUCAGCGAGGUGGCGAGGAACAAAGAGAAGCUGCGCAGAAACCUGCUGGAGCUUAUCGAGUACACGCACAUGCUGAAGAUCACGCGCACCUUCAUACACAGCCGAUCCAGACACGAGGCUCUUGGUCCCCAGUAUGAAGAAUUCCCCACAAUGGAUGCAGACUCUGUAUCUGGAUACACCGGCAUGCAAAGACUCGGAGCCAAGCUUGGAUUUAUCUCAGGCCUUAUCCAGCGGGUGAAAGUGGAAGCCUUCGAGCGCAUGCUGUGGAGGGUUUGCAAGGGCUACACCAUCCUCAGCUACGCAGAAGUGGAUGAGAACCUCGCUGACCUUGAGACGGGUGAAAUAAGCAAGAAUGUCGUAUUCCUCAUCUCCUUUUGGGGAGAUCAGAUUGGACAGAAGGUUCAAAAAAUCUGUGAUUGCUACCAUUGCCAUCUCUACCCUCACCCUGAAAAUGACGAGGAGAGGGCGGACACGCUGGACAGCUUACGAACGCGCAUUCAAGACCUCAACAACGUUCUUCAUCGUACUGAGGACUACCUGAAGCAGGUGCUGCAGAGGGCCGCAGAGUCUGCGUACGCUUGGGUGGUACAGGUGAAAAAAAUGAAGGCCAUCUACCACAUCCUCAACCUGUGUAGUUUCGACGUCACCAACAAGUGUUUAAUCGCUGAGGUGUGGUGUCCUGUCAGUGACCUGGCAAACCUACGGGGGGCGCUUGAGGAAGGUUCGCGAAAAGGCGACGCCACAGUUCCAUCCUUUGUAAACCGCAUCCCGAGUGCAGAUACACCACCUACUUUAGUCCGAACCAACAAGUUCACAUGUGGAUUUCAGAGCAUCGUGGAGGCCUAUGGUGUUGGGGACUACCGUGAGGUGAGCCCAGCACCCUACACUAUAAUCACGUUCCCCUUCUUGUUCGCCGUCAUGUUCGGCGACAUGGGUCACGGUGUGCUGAUGAGCCUCUUUGCCCUCUGGAUGGUGCUGACGGAAAAAAAGCAAAGAAGGAAACGUUCCAGUAAUGAGAUAUGGGCAACCUUCUUCAAUGGGCGCUACAUCAUCCUCAUGAUGGGGCUGUUCUCCGUCUACACCGGCCUUAUAUACAACGACUGCUUCUCCAAAUCGCUUAAUAUAUUCGGCUCGGGCUGGAGCGUCAAGGCCAUGUUCACCAGUCACCAGUGGACGAACAAAACACUUCAAACGAACACUUUACUCACAUUGGACCCAAACGUUAGCGGAGUGUUCAGCGGCCCGUACCCAUUUGGCAUUGACCCUAUAUGGAGCAUGGCAGUUAACCGUCUAUCCUUCCUCAACUCGUAUAAAAUGAAGAUGUCCGUGGUCAUCGGGGUUAUCCACAUGAGCUUUGGCGUGGUUUUGAGUGUCUUCAAUCACUUACAUUUUCAGCAAAAGUAUGAUGUCUAUCUGCUGUUUCUUCCGGAGCUGCUCUUCCUGCUCUGUCUUUUCGGUUAUCUGGUUUUCAUGAUCUUCUAUAAGUGGUUGGCCUUCUCUGCGCGGGACUCCAGUCAGGCUCCCAGCAUCCUCAUCCACUACAUUAAUAUGUUUGUCAUGCAAGGGAAGGAUAUUGCUCCUCUGUACCCGGGACAGACAGGAUUGCAGAUUUUUCUGCUUGUAAUCGCCAUGAUGUCUGCACCCGUCCUGCUACUUGGAAAACCUAUGUUCCUCUACUGGAUGCAUCGUGGAGGCAAAGGCCUACGCAGGCGCAGAGGCUAUGAAAGGGUGAGGCGGGCUAGUGAGGAUGACAGUUCAGCCCCUCCGACUUAUGAGGAUGAUGAAGAGGAGGGACUUGAUGAGAUAAGCCACAGGGACAUUCGUCCCAGAAAGUUUGACUUUGCAGACGUGCUCCUGCAUCAGGCCAUUCAUACCAUUGAGUUCUGCCUUGGCUGUAUCUCCAACACUGCAUCGUACCUGCGACUCUGGGCUCUCAGCUUGGCACAUGCACAGCUUUCAGAGGUAUUGUGGGACAUGGUGAUGCGCCUGGGCUUGAGGAUCACGACUAGAGUAGGGGUGGUGUUUUUAGUGCCUGUGUUUGCCGUCUUUGCGCUGCUCACUGUGUCCAUCCUGCUGGUGAUGGAAGGUUUGUCGGCCUUCCUCCACGCUCUCCGUCUCCACUGGGUGGAAUUUCAGAACAAAUUUUACCACGGGAUGGGGGUCAAGUUUGUACCCUUCGACUUCUCGUUGCUGUCCUCGGUUUCAGAGCAAGACGGCCUCCUCUGAUGUAUUGAACACAAACGUGGAAGUGGGCCUUUUUAGUGGAUAAGGAUGCUGCAUACACUGGGACAAUCCUCACUGUGAAAAUGACAAGGAACCCUCAAAACGAUGAGAAUUCACUCUCGUAGCAACCGUUUUUUUCCACCGUGAUGAUUUGAAAACAGAAAUUUCCUACCUGCUGUACUGACUGCCUUACUUCUCCACCCUGCAAACGUCACAAGUUUUUUGUUUUAACGAUUUCAAUUGAGAUAUCGUGAAACAUUCCGGUGAGUAAAAAAGCUGCAUUGUGCUGAGUGUGAGCUGCAUUUGCUUAAAAGCAAAUUAUUAUACGGCACAAUGUACAGUUCGUAACAUUUUCUAGCAUACUGUGCCAUAAAGAGUCAUGAUUGAUUGGGUGUUUUUCAAUUUCAUCAAAUAAUGGAAAAUAUUCUCUUCCAAAGAAGCACUUUUUGGAAAUGAUUGUAGAAGCAUUUUCCCGGUUUAUGAUUGUGAAGAUGCCAAAUUGAAACAAUGUGUAUGUUGUUUGCUUAUUUGUUUAUUUAAGUGUAACCUAACCUGUAAUCUGCAUAUUAAAUGCAACCAUUUAUUGUAUUUGUUGAUAUAGGUAAUCUUGAUAUUUAUUUAAACAACUCUGUAUAAGAGUCUGAUACUUUGCCAUUUUGAUGUGUUGAAUAAAGCUUUCAAGACUCGCAAGCAAACU